GGAACGUCUCUGCUCAUUUCAAACUUGUGAGUGUGAGCAGAUAAACAGACAAACGCUCCAAUAUCCAUAGUACUGGUAGAGGAUAUCUCAGGUACGUGCCGUCCAACGAGAACCAGUCCCGAGCACGUCAUCUUCUAGAUCCUCACUGCCCCACAAAACCCUGCCUUGUGGCAGCCUUUCCUUUCCCGAGCUGCACCACAAGACUCACAAUUGCCCUUUCGCCAAACCUAUUAACGAUCCCACCUCUUCUUCCACCUCGAGAAACAAUUUGUUCACCUCCAGCCAAAUGCUGUAUCACUAGAUUAUUGAGAACAUCUACAACCUCAUAUGUUUCUUAGCAUACUUAUCAGUACGCUCCAAGUCAACGAGCUCAUCCCACCACCUUGAGAAAUUCCCUCCGUCCGUCCUCAGUCACCAUGUCUGACGAAGGAUCUUCCUCUACACCGCCAUUGAAGAACCCCAAGCUCAGCGCCAUGAGCAAGGCCUUUGCUGCAGUUGACCUCGAUGGUCACGAUCUGCCGCCUUCGCCCGCACCCUCCAGUCCCAGAGGGAGCCGCAACUAUGCCAUUGCUACCCAACUGGUCUACUCAGAAGGCAAUGAUCAAUACAACGCCAGCAGUGUUCCCAUCUAUCAGUCUGCAACCUUCAAACAAGAAUCCUCAUCUGGUGGUAACGCCGAAUACGAUUACACCCGCAGCGGCAAUCCCACCCGAACCCAUCUAGAAAAACAUCUCGCAAAAAUCAUGCGAGCUAAAAGAGCUCUGGUUGUCUCCUCGGGAAUGGGUGCUCUCGACGUCAUUUCUCGCCAACUACGGCCAGGCGAUGAAGUCGUCACUGGUGAUGACCUCUACGGAGGCACCAAUCGCCUUUUGAAAUUUCUCUCUACCCAUGGAGGAAUUGUGGUACAUCAUGUCGACACCGCCACACCUGAAAAGGUCGCAGAAGUCGUCUCAUCCAAGACCGCCAUGGUACUCUUGGAAACCCCCACCAACCCUCUCAUCAAGAUCGUCGAUAUCCCCACCAUCGCCGGUCUUGCUCAUGCCGCAAACCCAGCAUGUCUUGUCAGUGUGGAUAAUACCAUGCUGUCUCCCCUGCUUCAAAACCCCCUCGAUCUCGGUGCCGAUAUCGUUUAUGAGUCCGGCACCAAAUAUCUAUCUGGCCAUCACGAUCUCAUGGCUGGCGUCCUCGCCGUCAACGACGAGGCUCUUGGAGAGAAACUGUACUUUACAAUCAAUGCCUCAGGCUGUGGACUUGCUCCCUUUGACUGUUGGCUAUUGAUGAGAGGCAUCAAGACCUUGAAGGUGCGCAUGGACGCACAGCAAGCCAACGCAAUGUUGAUUGCUCAGUUUCUCGAAUCUGCGGGCUUCAAGGUCCGUUACCCAGGUCUUAAAAGCCAUCCUCAAUACGACCUGCACAACAGCAUGGCUCGGGGUGCCGGUGCUGUACUAUCGUUCGAGACUGGAGAUAUCCAGCUGUCUGAACGAAUUGUCGAAUCGGCCAAGAUUUGGGCCAUCAGCGUCAGCUUUGGGUGUGUCAACUCCCUGAUCAGCAUGCCCUGUCGCAUGAGUCAUGCGAGCAUCGACGCAAAGACUCGUCAGGAACGUGGUGUUCCCGAGGACUUGAUCCGUCUGUGCGUGGGCAUUGAAGACGGCGAGGAUCUCUUGGAUGAUCUGCGCAGCGCUUUGGUUCAGGCAGGCGCUAUGGACGUCUCGCUGGAUGGUCUGUAUGCCAAAAACGCCACGAUUGGCGAUGUGCAUCCGCAAGAAGGAGAGCACUUGGCCGCAAAGGCUGCGGCCAUCAACGAGCCAUGAAAAAGCAUAACAAGGCGCUCAACAGGUGGUGUCUACAAAGCGAAAUUUGAAUUUUCGUCGUAAAACGGAAAAGUGAAAGGAAAACUCAAGCGAAAAAAGGCUGAAGAAACCGCGCCAUCAAAGUGAAACUGACUUCUACAUAUGGCCUCAGCAGAAGAGGAUCAUCCGUGAACAUGGCCAAACCUUGUUUGUUGAGAGAUAGACUCGCACUGCUUUAUAUAUCAAUAUACAAAUUGAUCCGUC